CCCCCCCGCCCCGGCCAUGGCCGCCCCCGUGGCGCCCCUCGGCCGCCCCGAGCCGCUGCUGUUCCUCGCCACGGUGGCCCUCGGGCUGCAGGGCCCGCUCGCCACCCAGUACCUGUGGGACCGGCUCGGGGCCGAGCGAGGAUACAGCGGUAACAACGGCAGCGGCCGCGCCGCGUGCGGGAACGGCAGCGGCAGCACCGACGGGUUGCGGCAGGAGGUGGAAGCGCUGGUGUCCCACUGGAACCUCUAUAUCAACCUAGGAGGCUUCUUUGUUGGGCUAUUCUCUGUGACUCUCUUUGGACCAUGGAGCGACAGCGUUGGUCGGCGUCCAGUGCUGAUCCUGCCGGCAGUGGGUAUGGCCCUGCAAGCGGCCAUCUACCUCCUCGUCAUGUACCUGCAGCUGCACGUCGCCUACUUUCUGCUCGGACGCAUUUUGGGUGGCCUUAUGGGUGACUACAACCUGAUCCUGGCCAGCUGCUUCGCGUACGUGGCUGACACCACCGACAAACGUGCACGUACCUUCCGCGUCGCUAUCCUCGAGGCGUGCCUCGGCAUUGCGGGCAUGUUGGCCAGCAUCGGGGGCGGCCAGUGGCGCAAGGCGCAGGGGUACAUCAACCCCUUCUGGCUUGUGCUCGCCACCAGUCUCGCUGCUGCUCUCUAUGCCACUUUCUGUCUUCGGGAAUCAGUGAAGGAGCAGAAACCAGCCAAGUUGUUCACGCUCAGUCAUUACAAAGCUGUCUACAGGCUCUACACGGCCCCAGAACACUUGGGCACCAGGAGGAACCUUGCUCUUUACUCCUUGGUUUUCUUUCUUCUUGUCACGGUGCAUUUUGGAACCAAGGACCUCUUUGUUUUGUACGAGCUUGGCUCCCCUCUCUGCUGGGCUGCCGACCUCAUCGGAUACGGCUCGGCUGCGAGCUACCUGGCUUACCUGAGCAGCCUGGGGGGGCUGCGGCUGCUGCAGCUCUGCCUUGAAGAUACCUGGGUGGCAGAGAUAGGGUUGAUCUCUAACAUUUUUGGACUGGUAGUGAUUUCUCUUGCUACUACAACACCACUGAUGUUUACAGGUUAUGGGAUCCUGUUCCUUUCCAUGGCAGCCACUCCAGUCAUCAGAGCCAAGCUCUCCAAGCUGGUCAGUGAGACGGAACAGGGUGCGCUCUUUGCGUCUGUUGCCUGUGUGGAAGGGCUGUGUUCGCUUGUGGCUACGGGAGUGUUUAACUCUCUCUACCCUGCCAGCUUGCACUUCAUGAGGGGAUUCCCAUUUCUCUUUGGGGCUGUAAUUCUCCUUAUUCCAGCAGCGAUUAUUGGGCUGGAGGCUCGCAGUUCUAAGGCAUGUUUGCAGUUAUGCUUAUGGUUGGGUGUUUUAGUGUGCCAGUAAACGGAGGAGCAGGUGGAUAGAAAUCUGGGACUCGGACCAUGACUACAGUCACUUUACAGAUGAUUCCAGUCCCCCACAGACGGCUGAGCAGCAACUCGGGAAUUGACCAUCUUGGCCAUGUCCAUCUGAAGACUGCUCUAUAUUCUUCCCUUGAGGACACACCAGUGCGGGAGGGACACCUUGCCUGUCCUUAAGUGCCAAGUGGUUGGAAAUCAUGGCUCUGACUGCCAUCAGGAACUCGAUUUGCAGGGACUGCCUUCUUGCUCUUGCGUUGGCUUCUUUGUUAGCAAAAACCCAAGAGGCUCAAAAGCCAAUUCAGAGUAAAAGCUGUUGUUGGCCAUUUACGAGGACAGUUAGUGGUUUAGGGUUUGAUGGAGUGGGAAUGCUUUUAGUGCUGAGAGAGGACUGAAUUCUGGUUUAAUUGCUAAACGUGUUCCCCACUGAGUAUAUUACUGUACAGCAGAUGAGGUGAUGGUGUGGGUGAAGCAUUGACUCUAUUGCCUCAAUCUGAUUUUCUUUAAACUGCCAUAAACCAGCAGGUCUGUGUACACUGCCUUGCACAGUGUGUUCAGAUGCAGGCAAUAAUGUCCUUAACUGGGAAAUUGCUUAGUGGACAUGUUACUUUCAGAAUGAAUAAACCCUCCAUUCUCUUUUAUGGUUCAUAAAGUGAUUGCUUUUCUCGUACAGUUAUUGAUAUGAUUUGUCCUUGCCUCAUCCUGUGCUCCUUUCCAUUAUUGGCAUGCUGCUUUCUUUACUGAAGACUUUGCAGGAAAGCAGCAGGAGCGUGAAGUUCUCUGCCCUGUGA